GGCGCCGCCACCGUUGCGUAGCUGGCAGCGGCGUCAUCCCUCACUCGAUAGUGAUCUCCAUCCGUGGUUAGCUGCUCAUCGCACGUGAUCGAUCUGGUGGCGCCUUCAGGAGUGUGUGUAGCCGGCGGAUCAUGGAAUCGGUGAGAUGGCAGGCAGCACACGAACAGCAGGGCAGACGGGAGCAGACAGAUGCAGAGAGACUCGCACUUCCACUUAGUCAGACGCCUUAGACGAAGCAUAGAUGCGCCUCCCGCCUUGACACGCACGUGAAUGUGUGUGCGUGUGUGUGUUUGUUGCAGCCUGAGGAGGAACCGCAUGACAACGACGAGGGCAUCUUUGACGACAAUGACGACGAGCACGAGGAGGGCAUGGAGGGCGGCAGCCCGGCGUCAGGAGAACCAGGAGGGGCACACGAACCACACCCACAACACCAACAACCGGUCAGCAAGACACCAUUACACGUCACCAACCACAAUGUGGUCCGCACGGCGUCUCAUGUUGGCUGGACAUGGGUGUACGUACGUCUGUCAGGGUGCGGCUGCUGCCCAUGCGGGUGGUGGCAGUGGUGGUGGGUAUGAGGGUUUAGAGCGCGACGAGGACGAGGAUGCGGAACACGACUAUGACGAGGAAGACGAGGACGAAGGUCACUCAGCCCACUCGGCACUCACACACCACCCCAAUUGCCGGAUGUAGCACUUGUGUGGCGUUCCUGUGUUGGUCCGUGUGUGCAGACGAUGAGGAGGAGGAGGAUGAGAGCCCCCAGGAGCAGAGAAGGAAGAAGUCCAAGAAGAAGAGGGGCAGAGGAACGUACGUGACAGACAGACAGACACCGACCCACCACACCAACCAUCACACCCACCCACCCUGUCUGUCUGUCUGUCUGUGCUUUGCUGGGUGUGGUGUGGUGUAGUGGCCCGGCCCGCAAGAACGCCAAGAAGAGGAAGCGCGGCGGCGCCCAGCAGUUUUUGGACAUUGAGGCCGCUGAGGACGAGGAUGAGGAUGAGGACGAGGAGGACGACGACCUCUUUAACGAGGUGGCCGACGAGGCCGAACUCAACAGGGCCGCAUCCAACAGAGAACUGGCCGACAGACGGUGAGUGGGGACGGGCGGGAGCACUCACACAUUGUGAUACGAUACGUAUUGAUGGGGAGUGCAUCUCGUCUACUGUACGCGGGUCGUGUUGCUUCCUUGUCUCUCUGUCUGUGAGUGCAGUCGGCGUGACCGUGACGAUGCCGAGAGGGGCCGAAGACAGGACCAUCUGGUACGCACACAUAUACACCAUACAAAGCGUUUCGGUACCUUUCUUUUCGGUGCUUGUCUGUCCGUGUGACUCCUAUCUGUCUGCCAGAGUCGUGCCAUCGAGGGCAUGGAGGAGCGAUUCAAGGUGAGUGCGCCACGCACGGCCCUCAUACGCCUUGGUGAGCACGUGUCGAGUUGUUGUGCUGUGCAGCACAUCGGCGAGGUCGGCGACGAAGAGGACAUGAUGGAGGACUACGAAGAACGAUGUACGCUGCCAACGACAACGCCACACACACACGCUCGCUAUCUGACCGAUGUCUGUGUGGUGUCUAUGUAUGUAUGUAUGUAUGUAUGUCAUGUGUGGUGUUCAGAUGGCCCUGGUGCUGGGGUGGCGGAUGCGCGCUCCCUCAUGCCCGACUUCAACAGAGACAAACUAUGGCUCGUCAAAUGCAGGGAGGUACACCACCCAUCACAACAUAACACAACACGCAAGGCACAACCACGCACACCAUGUGUCUGCGCGUCUCGUCCCAUCCGCCAGACCAACAAGGAGCGAGAGGUCUGCAUCGCAAUCAUGCGCAAAUUCUUCGCCAAACUCAACGAGGUCAUAAGUAUGACACGAUAAAUGCAACGGGUCCAUGCCCGGGUGAUGGAUUGGAACGAGUGCCUCUUUCCUUCCAUCUGUGUGUGUGUGUGUAGACAAAGGACGCUGCUCAUUUCGGCAUCACUGCUGCGUACGCGGCGGAUAACCUCAAGGGCUACAUAUACGUCGAGGCCGAAAACGACGGCAGAAUACGAGAGGUGAGCAGACGACAGACUGACACCACAGAACACGACAUGACACGCCAUCAAGGGGCGGACAGUACGUUCUGUAUGCACAUGUCAUGUCAUGCAGGCGCUGUAUGGGUUCCGUUCCCUCAACAUCACCAAGAUCAUGCGAGUGCCCACCAACGAGAUGCAGCAAGUCUUCAAAAUGGUGCCCACGCAUCCAUGCCGACCCACCUCCACGGACGGACGCACAGCAAUGCAUUCACACAUGGCUGCCCUUUUGUGUGGUUGUGAAUGUCCACGUGCAGCGCGGCAAGCUGAUGGAUGAUUUCCAGAAGAGCGACUGGGUGCGGUUCAAACGGGGCCUCUACGGCGGAGACCUCGCACAGGUAUCUAUCUGCCCACACAUACCACACUCACCAACACCCACGCAACGAUAGCAUGCACGCACUGACCUUCUCUAUUUUCUCUCUCUCUCCGUGACUGUGUGGCUGUAUGUGUGUGUGCAGGUGUAUCAGUACGACGACCUGAGUGGCCAGGUGUGGGUGUUGGUCAAGCCCCGCAUCGACUGGCACGAGGUCUCAGAGCUCUCACAGAAGGAGGAGGACAACGGCGGCAGGCCAUACCGCAUACCAGCCGGAAUCAAAACAGGACAGAAGCGACCGCCCCCCAAAUUCUUCGAGUCCGAAGAGGUCAGCCCGUCGGUCUCACAUCUGACACCGACGCGUGCACCAGGCGCCCGAGUGGUGCGGGUCGUGUAUGUUGGCCCAUGCAUACAUGCAGGUGCAGAGCAAGUACAAUCUGAUUGUCGAGACGCACAACGAGGCGGGUCUCAACCUGCGGGUGCACAAGGUGUUCAACAAGAAGUUCUACGGCGGACUGCUACUCGAGAAGGUGCGGGCCGGCCAGCUCGUGUCGGGCGCCGACGUGCGUCCGUCACUCGACGAGCAGCGCAACUUCCACCCCAAAGACGCUGGCGAGGAACUGCACGACCUGCAGCGACUCAGAGACAAACACGGUGAGGAAGUGGGCGAGUGGGUGAGGGGAUGCACUCACUCAUGUGACACGUGUGUGUUCAUGCAUGGCAUCCAGUGUCGGCCAAGCCGUUGGACAAGGCGUCGGACAUCGUGAUCGGCGACCGGGUGGUGGCGUACAAGGGGCAACUCAAGGGCAUCAGGGGACACGUUGUCGGUAUGCACACACACUCACACUGAGAGACAGACAUAGGUGUGCAUCCAUUCAUCCGUCCACACACCCAUACGUACAUACUGUGGAUGAUGCCUUUGCUUGUGUGGCUGGUGUGGCUGGUGUGGCUUGUGUCGUGUGUUGUGUGCAGAUGUGGUUCACGAGGGUGCGCAGGUGGUUGUGGAGAGCGAAGUCGCCAACCAAGACAACAAACUCAAAUACACACUCGAUGUCAGGCAGCCACGCACAGACCACCACACAGCGCGUGCGCUCUCACCCAGCACGGACACAUGCUUCUUUCUUCUCUGUUUGUGUGUGCAGCGUGGUGAGGUCCGCCGCAUAUUCGUCAUCGGCGAUCACGUCCACGCCAUUCAGGGCGUCAACGAAGGUACAUAUGCCACACGACUUAUCCCUCCCCUCCACACUGUAUCUGUGUGUGCCUGUGGGUCGGUCCUUGUGCAGGUGAGAGCGGUCUGAUUGUGGAGGUCGAGGACGACAAAAUCGCAUCCGUCUUCAGCCAAACUAACAAAAAAGCCGUACGCAUACUCAGGCACAGAGAGAGACAAGUGCUUACUUGUAUCACAUCCGCACCCACUGACUUUUCUGUCCCUCUUGGCCUGCCUACCAGUGGAAGAGCGACUUCGCCAAUCUGCGUUUGGUGUCUGACGAGGGUGUGGGCGGGCUGGACCGUCUGGGCGCAUAUGCCGUGGGCCACCUGGUGCUGCUCACCAACCAAGAGACGGGCGUCAUCACACGCAUCGAACGAAACAAGUCAGUCUAUCAGCCAAAUACACAGACAGACAGACAGACAGGAUGGCAACAAAUGUCGCGGGAAAUGCGGUUGCUGGACGGAUGCCUGCGGUUGGCUCUUUUGUCGUGUGGUCGUCAGGACGCUUCAUGUCCUCCUGAGCAACGGCAAGAUCCAGCCCGUGCAGCUCUCAGAGAUCUGUAAGACACACAUGGUGCACACGCGCUUCCGCUUCCGACACAUCCACCCACGUGUGUCUUGAUGUCCCUUUCUAUGUGUGUGCAGCGCAGCGGCGCAAGACGAGUUUCUCUCGCUCGUCUGACAAAAACCGUGUGCAGUUCGGAGCCAACGACUACGUCACCGUGUUGGAUGGCGAGCACACGGGCAUCACAGGCAUCGUCGAACACAUCUGGAGGAGCCAGGUCUUCAUCAAGGUGAGGGAGACUCACAAGGAGAGAGAAGGCGUUACGGCCCUUGCAUACAUACGCUGCAUGCACAUCAAUCAAUGUGAUCAGGUCAAGGGUCGCGUUGACAACGGUGGAUACGUCGUGGUGUCGUCCCGCAAUCUCAAGAAGAUCGGCGGCGACCGCUUUGCCGCACCCACUGCCGGCGGGAGGCCAUCAGCCGUCAAUGGGCCCCCCAACCUCGGGCCCUCAUCCGCCACCGAAGCAGGCCCGGGCAGCUUCGCAUACGAGCCAGCAUCAGCUGGCGGCGUCAUCGGACCGACGUCGCCCGUACUCGACUCACAAUACGGCGGCGGCCCAUCGGCUACUGCACGGUCAGGGCGCGGCGGUCGGGGUGGGUCGCGUGUGACGACGCUCGAUGACGUCAUGGGGCGAGGGAGGGACGGCAGGGGCGGCUUCCGCAGUGGUGGGUUCAGGGGCGGCGGUGGGCGUGGGAGGGGGCGGCAGCACGACUUUAUCGGUCAGGACGCGAGGAUCCUCAAGGGCCACUACAAGGGGUACACGGGCACCAUUCGAGACGUGGAGAGAAACAACAUCACGUUAGUUGGCAAGGACGGGACACGGGGGACGCAGGGGAGAGAACGUCUCAUGUCUGUAUCUCUUCGGUGUGGUGGUGGUUGUUCCCUUCACGCAGCAUCACGCUUCACAGCAAGAGUCGUUCGGUGACUCUCCCUGGCCGUGACGUCACCCUCCUCAACAACCCAGACGAAAAAAGUAAUCCAAUCGCCACCCCCACCUGACACGGUACCAUCCAUACCCAUUUUCUUGCCCGUCUCUUGUCUGGUCUCCCUCAGCUGGCUACGGGGCCGAGGCGUUCCGCGCCCCCUCUCGCGCCCCCCUGUCCAGCCAGCCUCCCCUCUCCCACCCCCCGUCAGCCAGGCUUCCCUCGUCGCGCAACGUCCAGUCGCCCUCGUACCCCUUCUCGCCCCCAUCCAUCCGCGACCCCCCCAGGGCGGCCAACCAGCCCGUGUCCCCGCCAUACAGUGCGAUGGGCAGGGGGGCAGGCGAGCAGCGCGACCCCUACGAACCGGAGGGCAGCAUGCCGAUGUCACCGGCCUUCCCACAGCCGUCUGCCGGUGGGGGUGGGACGCCCGCCGACAACAGGGCCAUGGGCAUGCAGAGCCCUAUGCCUACCAGCCCACAACUCAGGCACAACGCCGCCGCAUUUCCGCAGACAGACGUGCACGUGCCCAGAGGUGAGAUGGGUAGCUGGGUGGGCUGGUUGGGAGGGUCUGUUCAAUCCACUCACUGGGCGCGUGGCACCUGAAUGAGUCCAUCCCUUUAUGUGGUGUGGUGUGUUCGUCAGGUAUGGUGUCGCCCCCGCACGACCAAGGCCUGGCGGGUGCGAUGAACGAGGGCCGGGGCGGCCCGGCUGCUGCAGCAGCUGGCCCUGGUGGUGGAGGUGGCGGUCUGUCGGCCGAGAGUGACGAGGGCAGGUGGGCGAUGCGUGGCGUGCAGGUGGUCAUCUCCGCCGAAGGAGACUACAACGGACAAUGCGUAAGACGCCACGAAAUCAAUCAAGGAAGGAAUGAGCCGCCAGCAACCAACACGCACGAGUCCCUUGUUUUGCGUCUCUGCGUGUGUGGGUGUGCAGGGAAUCAUCAAGUUGCGCAAGACAGACGAGGGCAUAUGCCACGUGCACAUUCCUGGCGAGGGCGACGAGGACGACGACCUCAUCGCCAUCGAACUCAAGGGGCUCAAACCACUCGACCCACAGGAAAACCAACAACAAGUACGCUUUGAAUGCACCCAUCCUCUAUGCAGCCAUCACCACACCCUCUGUGUUGUGUGUGCGUCUGUCUGUGUGCUUCAGGUGAUAGUGGUGGGAGGUCGUGAGAAGUUUGGUGAGGUGGGGACGGUUCUGACGAUCGCGCCCACUCACACAGCGGUGGCGUUGAAGAUGCGUGGGAGCGGCGAGCUGCAGACGGUUGAGAAGAAGCACCUGGCCGUCUACCAGAGCCCACCGGCAUCCGAUGAGGAGGAUGACGAGGAGGAGGAGGAGGAAGAAGAGGAAGACGAUCAAGAGCAGGACGAGGGCGGCGAAUGAACAAGUGACUGAGUGAGUGAGUGAGUGAGUGAGUGAGUAAGAAAGCAGCGACGGACGCGCUCUGUGUGGGAGCGAAUGAGGC